UGCGGUUUUUAUGAAUAUACUCGAUUUAUGUGAGAGAUUGCACUAAUUCAAUUUGUUUUGAGCAUGGCUGCUUGUUGCGGAGUAAGUUGUUGAUUUGGUAUUCAGCGUGUGUUUCGAGUUCAAGAAUUUCACGUUAAGGUAGUGAUUUCACAUAAUGUUUUCCAAGAAGAAGAAGAAGCCUCUGAUUUCGCCGCCGAGUAAUUUUGAGCACAGAGUGCAUACCGGGUUUGAUAAGCGUGAAGGCAAGUUUGUUGGAUUACCACUACAAUGGGCUUCACUUGUUGGAAACAAUCAGAUAUUAAAAUCAACAAAUAGACCACUACCUUUGGUGGACCCAUCAGAAAUUACGCCUACUGAAAUUCUAGAUUUAAAAACAAUAGUACGAGGAGAUCAUAGAGUCACACCAAUAUCUUCAGUGGCACGUCCAAUUUCCGCCAUCCCAUCACAGCCUGUCCAAAAUGGAGUAAUACUGCCUAAAACAUCAAAUGUUGCACGGUCAAACUCACUACGUAGUUCAAGUCCACCCCGUAUUAGAAGGGACUACAGGAAUCAGGCAAAUGUACCUCCUUCAGUGCCUGAGGAAUCACCACCAGUGCCUCCUGCUCCACAACAAUAUCCCAGCCUGCGAAGAGAUCACUGCAAUUAUACCAUGAACAAGCUAAUAACAGAAUCCCCAGUCGACUGGUCUCAGCAUGCUCAUGAAGCGAUGAUCAGACCUGUUUCAGCAAUGAAUGAUAAUCAUUCCACAAAUGUAACAUAUCAGAAUAUACAAAAUGCCAAUGUUCCUUAUCAGCACAACCAUCCACCUCAGACUAUGUCCCAUAGCAUGUCACACGGACUAAAUGGAAAUAAUAUUACCAUGGGCGAAUAUGGCGUAUCGCGGCAUCAGCACGCGCCGCCUCCUGCGCCUGCCAAUCCAGCCGCACAUCUUCCUCUCGCCGCGUCAAAACACGAGCUUCGCCUAACACAUGACCAAUUCCGCGCAGCACUAAGACUGGUGGUAAGCGAAGGUGAUCCGCGCGCGACGCUGACGGGCUUCAGCAAGAUCGGCGAGGGUAGCACGGGGGUAGUAUGCGCCGCGACUGACACGCGCACGCGUCGACGUGUUGCCGUCAAGAUGAUGAACCUGCGACAGCAGCAGCGGCGCGAGUUGCUGUUCAAUGAAGUGGUGAUAAUGCGGGAUUAUCCACAUCCGAAUAUAGUAGAAAUGCACGCAUCAUACCUUGUAGGCGAUGAGCUCUGGGUGGUAAUGGAGUAUAUGGCGGGCGGGGCCCUGACUGACAUCGUGACGCGUUCACGCAUGGAUCCUGAACAAAUUGCCACUGUCUGCAAGCAAUGCCUGAAGGCGCUAGCAUUCCUCCAUGGUCAAGGCGUGAUACACAGAGACAUCAAAUCAGAUUCUAUUCUUAUGACGGCGGAUGGCCGUGUCAAACUAUCGGACUUCGGAUUUUGUGCUCAAGUGUCUCAGGAACUGCCGAAACGAAAGUCGCUAGUGGGCACGCCAUAUUGGAUGUCCCCUGAAGUGAUAUCAAGAUUGCCGUACGGGCCCGAGGUGGACGUGUGGUCACUGGGAAUUAUGAUCGUUGAAAUGGUUGAUGGCGAACCUCCGUUCUUCAACGAACCUCCUUUGCAGGCGAUGCGUCGCAUCCGCGACAUGCCGCCACCCAGGCCGCGAGGUGCUGCGCGUUGUCCUCCUGAUUUGCUAUCGUUCGUGGAAAUGGCGCUGGUACGCGACCCCGCGCAGCGUCAGCCCGCCGCGCGCCUGCUGCACCACCCCUUCCUGCGCCGCGCCGGCCCGCCAGCGCUGCUGGUGCCUCUCAUGCCGCAUGUGCACCAGCAGCCCUCGUCCGCGCAGUAAUUCUUAUUCACUUCACACAUUUGUACACUUGGCAAAAUAGAUAGAUAGUUAGAUAUCUAUCCACAUUUAUCGAUGGAUAUCUAUCUAUCGUUAGAUAGAUCGAUUACUAGCUAUAUCCAUCGAUAGAUAUCUAUCUAUCUUGGCAAAAUGGUUAAAACACAAUUUUCAUCCAUCAGUGAAAAUGAACAAUGGUGUCGUUUUUGUGAUUCUUAAGUCUUAUUCGGAUUUGUCUGCUCUAAUUACAUUCUCUCGAUAUAUUCUCUUGUAAUCCUCAUCGUAUAUGUGCGAUGACGACAAUUUUGCUGAUGAUAUUAGUCCACACGCGAAAACAAACAUGAUAUUAUUUCUUUCAUAAAGUAUUGAUUAUUCAUUUUGUUUGGGAAUACAAAAUGUUCGACUUAAUAUUCGUUUGUACCAGCGUUUUUGUCGAGUACAUGUAGGUAAAAGUUGUUUGGGUAAGUAUUCAGAUAAUUAUAGUCAUAAACAGUCGUUACUUUUUAUAUACUUAUAAUCCCCAGACACGGAAUGCAAAAUGUAUCAAACAGUGUCAUUACGUAAACCCGUUUUAAUUCAGAUAAUUUAAAAACGAAAGACCCACCGCUAUUUUUGACGUGACGGUAAAACUGACCACGCCUGGUUGCGGUAUUUAUAACGCUCGUAGUAAAUAAUACAGUACACGGCUAAUCGUCAAAAUAAACAAUAAAGGUAUGUACAUAUAUAAAAUACGAUUUUGGGACAAAAGUACAUAAAAAACUUUUCAAACUGUUUGUUAUUCAUAACCAGUGUUAUUUAUAAUUUUCAACCAAAGUUGUUUUAUGGAGCAACUUAUAAUAUUUUGUAUUAUAAGUUAUGAACUUACAACAAUUAUUUUCUUAAAUAUGUAUUGUAUAAGUGAUGAAAUAUUAUAUAAACAUACGUACGGUAACUGCUUAACGAAAACCAGUGAAAUCAUUCCACUUUUUGUACUAUAAAAUCGUUUUAAAGUAUUUAGUCACAUUCCAUAUCUUCAAUAGCUAGCUGAUAAAUUGAUUCUAUUUUCUUGAUCAUGAAUUAUUAUAUUAUUGUUGAAACUAUUUUAUUGUACUUAUAUGUUUAUUAUUGCCAUACAUUUGUUGAAUAUACGUGUUUGUUAUAGGUUAAGCUAGUAACGUAAAUAAGCUAUAUUUCUCAAAAAUUCCGAACUAUUUGUAGCCUUCAAAAACUCCGCCCCGUCCAUAGGUGUGUUCUAGGUAUUCGUAUAGUACAAAGUAUUUAUAUAAUUAUGUACUUAUUGAUAAAAUCAUUUUUGCGAUGGUAUUGUUAUUUCGGCAUUGUAAAAUUUUGUACCAGAUAAUUAAGGAACUCACAAUUGGUUGUUACUUACUAAAUCAGUAUUACUGAAUGUUGCUUUUGUACUUAUGUUUUUCUUAAUCAUAUACUUAGGUUGUAUUGUUCAAUUAAGUUAUAAUCAUGUUCAGUUGCUUUUUCCUCCAUGAUUCUCUUUUUACAUUCCGAGAUAAUAUUUUAUGAAUAUUGUUAUGUAGGUUCAAAUCAAAUGUAUUAAUAUUAUGUAUUUUGACUUGAAGAAUUUUGGUAACUGUGAUUGCCUAGCACCUAACCUGAUGAUUAUUAUUGUGGUUAUGUUAGUGCAUGCAGAGUCAAUCAAAUCUUUCUAGAAUUAGAUUACAGGAGGAGGCUAGGUGGAAUCCUGUCUUUUGACAUUAUGGGCAGCUACAUUUGUGAUUAUGUAAAAGGUUUAAAUUUUCUGUAUCAGAGAGCCUAGAAUUAGUGCCUUAUAACAUAGCCUUAGUGUUUUCGCAAGCACUCUUUGCACGUGUUCGUUAUUGGCAUAACAAAGUAUUUAUACAUUAUAGAGGAGUAGGUAGAAUCAACUUGACAAAGUUCGGACUUGAUUUUCAUCACAAAGACAUUAUUCAAAUUAAUUCAGUUUAAAAAUAAAAAUAUAACUUAUUUCGUA